AUGCUCCGACAGGGCUCGGGCGCGACGGGUGCGUCGGCGGGAGCCACGCCGGACCGCCGGAGCAAGCUGUCGAUGGCCGGCCCUGGCGCGGUGCUGCCGCCGCCGCCGUCGCCGUCGCUGUUCAAGCUGCUUCCGGCCGUCAUCAUCGCCCACUAUGGCCUGAUGGCGUUCCACUCGUCGACGUUUGACCAGGUGUUUAUGGCGUUCCUGGUGACGCCCGAGCCGUCUGGCGGGCUGGGACUGACGGCGUCGCACUAUGCGCAGCUGAUUGCUGCCAUGGCGUGCUGCCAGCUCAUGUUCCAGUUUGUCUUUUACCCCAAGGUGGGCCCGCCGCAGGGCAAGCUGAGCCACCUGGCGAUGCUGCGGCUGGGUACGUCCAUCUACCUGCCGUGCUACACGCUGUUCCCGCUGCUGCGCGGGCUGCUGCACCCCGAGACGGACGGGUACGUGAUGGCGGGCAUGAUCUUCUUUGCCUCGCUGCGGUGGCUGGCCAACGUGUGCGCGUUUACGGCGGUGAGCGUGCUGAUCAAUGCGACGACGCCGCCGCACCUGACGCCGCUGGCCAACGGGCUGGCGCAGACGACGAGCUCGGCGUGCCGCUUUGUCGGGCCCAUUCUGGGCGGCGUGGUGUGGGCCAAGGGCAUCGAGGGCGGACCCGACGCCCACGCCUGGCCGUUCAACUACCACCUGGGCUUCUGGUUUGUCGGCCUGGCCGCCUUUACGGGGUUCCUAUUCACCUGGAGGAUCAAGUAG